AUGAAUAAUAAUAUUAAACUUAAUGAAUUAAUUUUUAAUGAAAUUGAACCAUUAUUAAUUUAUAAUUGUUCAUUUAAAAGGAUAUUAGAAUUAUCAUUAUUAUCAAAAUCAAUAUUUAAAAAAAUUCAAUAUCAAAUUUCAAAUCAACAAAAAGAAAUUAAAUUUAAACCAGAAAUUAAUGAAUUUUUAAAUUAUAUUUAUAAUUUUAAAAAAAAUGAUAAUAAUAAUAAAUUUAAUUCAUUUAAUGAACCAAUAAUAAAUAAUGAAUUAAUUUCAACAAUUUUAAAUAAUAAUAAUAAUUAUAAAUUUAAAUUAAUUCAAUUUAAAGAAAUUGAAAAUUUAAAUUGUAUUAAUAAUAAUGGUAGUUAUCAAGCAAAACAAAAUAAUGAAAAUAUUAAAACCAAUUUAAAAAGAAUUUGUAAAAAUUUAAAAACAGUUUAUUAUUCAAAUUAUUUUCCAAUUGAUACUUUAGAUGAAGAUCCAACACUUGAUAAUUUUUUUAAUUUUGAAAAAGUUGAACUUUAUUGGGACUGUGAUGAAUCACCACCAGAAUCAUUCAUUGAUGAAUGUGAUAACCAAGAUGAUUAUCAAUCAUUUAAUUACUCAUUUGAAUUUUUAAAAAGAUAUAAAUCAAUAAAGAAAAUUUCAAUUAGAACUGUAGAUAAUGAAUCAAAUUUACAUUUAAAAAAUUUAAAUAAUUUAUUUAAAAAUAUUAAUAAUAUUAAUCAAUUAAAUAAAAUUCAAUUCAAUUAUCAAAAUACUUCAUAUAAUUUUUUAAUAAAUGAAAAAUUAAAUAAUAUUAAAAAUUUAAAUUCAUUUUCAAUUAGAUUAGGUAAUUUUGGUUUAAAUAUUAUAAACGAAGAAAAUGAAGAAAAUCAAGAAAAUGAAGAUUUGGAAAUAUUAAAUGAAAUAAUUAAUAAUAAUUGUGAAAAUACUUCUAAAUUAAUUGAAAUUAUUUUUAAAAAUAUUAACUUAUUAAAAAAUAAUAAAUUAAGGAAAUUAAUAAUUAAUAAAUGUCAUUCUGAUGAUAAUGAAUUUAAUUCACCAAAUUCAAAUAAUCCAUGUGAAUUUUUAAAAUUAUUAUUAAAUGAAAAUUAUUCAAUAGAAAAUUUAAGAAUUUUAGGUUUGGCUGUAUAUGAUUUAACUAAAUAUGAUGAUUUUAAAUUAUUAUCAGAAUUAAUUAAUAAAAAUAAUAAAAUUAAUCAAUUAAUUACAAAUAUUCAAUCAUUUGAACAAUUUUUAAAACAUUGUAAUGAAAAUAAAAAUAUUGAAAUUUUAAAAAUUUCAUUAGAUAAAUAUUCAGAUAAUUUAGAAUUAUUAAAUAAUAUAAAUUGGGAAAAUAUUUUAAAUUUAAUAAAUAAUAAUAAAUCAUUAAAAUCAAUUUAUUUAUAUAAUAAUGAUCAAUUUGAUGAAAAUUUACAAUUUCUAAAUAAUUUAAAUUCAUUAAAAAAUAAUAAUAAUAAUAAUAAUUUAAAUAUUACAAUUUUAAAUAAUUUUAAAUAA